AUCAUAAAUUUGCCAGUCACUCCGCUCGUACCGUUUGGUGAAGUGCAAUUUUUUCGGUGCGCAAAAAAAUAAUCGUCUGUACAAUGUCUUCGUGUAAAUUGACAUAUUUCGACAGUCAAGCUUUGGCAGAGGCGAUUCGUUUUCUGUUGCACUACGGUAAAAUACAGUUCGAAGACAUUCGUCUUAACUUCGAAAAGGAUUGGCCAGCAUACCCGAAGGAUACUUUGCCUUUGCGUCAGCUUCCCAUACUGGAAAUCGACGGAAAAGUGUUCUACCAAACAAUUGCCAUUUGUCGUUAUCUCGCAAAGAAGGUCGGAUUAGCCGGAAGCACACCAUUGGAGGAUUAUGAAAUUGAUAAUGCUGUGGACAAUGUGAAUGACUUUCGAGCAAGACUCGCUGGGGCAUUCUAUGAACAGAAUGCAGUGGCAAAAGAGGAAAAAAUGAAAAUUGCUUUAAAUGAAACGGUUCCGUUUUUUCUCGGCAAACUCGAAGCAAUUGCCCAGCAAAAUGACGGUCAUUUUGCGUUGAAGAGGUUCACAUGGGCCGAUGUUUACUUUACCGGCAUGCAUCGUUAUUUAGCUAGAUUGGUUGGAUCAGAGGAUUUGACGGCAAAUUAUCCCAAUUUGAGAAAGGUUGUCGAAAAUACCGAAUCAACAUCAGGCAUUAAAGAGUGGGUUGCUAGACGUCCAGACACUUUUUAUUGAAUGUUGUAAUGGAAUUAUGAUGCUGACGACAUUGUUAUUGAAUAAAACGGUGUGUGUUUGAUGCAA